UGUACCACCUUUGACCAUCAGGUGGCAGUGCACACGCACCAAAGCCCCUACGGAUCCACACCGCGAGACAAGUCACAGUCAUAGCUGUUGAUAUUUGAUAGCUACCCUCAUUUUAUUCACACCAUCUUAUCAUUAAUGGUAAUCAGAGAGAUAGAGCAGCUGUCACUGUGGGGUAAAUAUAGUCUGAGUUGUUGUUUUCCAUUGUUGGUGCAGCUGGUAUUUUAGGGGAUUUUUACCUUGAGUUUCCUUAUGUUAAAUGUCACUGUUGACUGCCAAUGUUUGAUGAAUAGCUCAUUCUUCAUAACAGAGAACUGACACGCAUGGGAAACACAGUCGAGCAAAACCUGAAAAAAAAAAAAAACUCCCAGACCAAAGACUACAAUGGUAAUUUACUAACUAUAUGCUCCUGUUGAAUCAUCCUGCAGACAGAGACACAUGACUGAAACCAUCACCGGUUUGUUUUAGUCUGGCCUUCCUUUUGAAAAUACACAAUCCAACCUCUAAAAAAGCACCGAGACCUAGGCCGGCGGCACCACACGGUCCUGCCCUGUUGGCUCUCCAUCCCUUGAAAUUCACCGUUCUACUUUUAGACCAGCUCGCCUCAGUUCCUCGGCCUGGCAGGCGUUCGCCUUCACAGCCACCAGGUAAAUGUGGCGGUCUGUUGGCGAGACACCGGUGCCACGCAGGGGCUUGUUGACACUGUCAGUCUUCAGACAGGCCAGAGAGUGUGAGAGAGAGCCUGUGCCUCUAAAAGCCAGCGUGUUCAGCUCCUGGCUUCCUGAUGUGGACAGGACGCAGGCAGCAGAGCUCUGUUUAACAGCAGAUGUUUUACACUGCGGCCGUUACCCUCAUUUCCUGGGCGGAGAGCUCCUCGCUCUAUUAGACGAGUAACAGGAACCAGAAAAAAAAAGAAGAGUUAGAGAGAGAGAGAGGCAGGGAGUACAAGAGAAAAGUUAUCCGAGCUCAGAGCUCCCACAAAUCACUUUGUCACCAGCAAGCUCUGACAAGCACUUAGGAAAGAGAGAGCGCACACAAGGGGAAAGGCAGCGAGGCAGGGAGUGAAGCGGAGGUGUGAACAGGGAGUUGUGUCAGCGGAGACUCGGGAGGGAAGGUGUGAGGACGCCGUAGAGGGCACAAACGAGGGGACUUCAAUGGAUGGAUAGAGGGAAGAGAGGACACAGACGAGACUGCAAUCUGAGUCCCGAAACGGCGUGAGCUGAGAGGGACUGUUACCGCUGUCAUUACCGCUGCUGUGUGUGUGGAUGGUACGCUCAUUUAAAGGCAAGGUUCGUCUAACUUAGUGUGUGUGUGUUACAGGAGGACAGUUUUUCACAGACAGAGGGAAAGUGUUUCUGUGUUUUAUCUUCUCAGCUGAUACGCGAUCAUACUAUUGUGUAUUAUUGUGUUUGAGAAUGAAGACAGCGAGAGAGAGAGAGACAGCUGCGGUGUCUGUGAAGUAGGCAUGAGUCGGAGGCGCUGAAAGCAGUUUCUGUGAACAGCAGCUGUACACGGAUCACAUGGUGUUACGGCUGAAAAAGAGGUAGUCAGAGCGACACAAGUUUGUCAACUGUUUUUGUGUAGGGACACAUCUCUUAAUGACUGCACUGGUCUGUAACUGCUGUAGAAUAUUUUGGUCAAAGGGACGUUUUUAAAUACUACAUUCUACUUUCUUUGCCUUCAGCGUAGACACUUGAUCAGCACUGAGUUUUAUAUAUGGGCAGUAGAGGAAGCCAGAGGUCAUCUGAUCAAACUUCAGAAACACAGGAAUAGGAAGGGCAUUUUUAAGCUUUAAGCACAGGAUGUAUGUAGAGAGGCGUUAGACAUUACAUCCAUGUACAGAACAGUUCUCAGCGGUUUUUGAAGAGACCUUGUGGGUGAAAGAGGACAGGAAGCUGUUUCAGCUGAAAAGCCGUGGCCUCUGAUGUAAGUGAGCUGGGGCUCCGCCAGAACCACUCUUGGUUUUGCUGAGCGUUGUACAGCUCCCCUCGCGUUCGCUUGUCUCUGGGGACAUGUAAAGCGAGGCUGCCCGGUGAGCAAUUCAGUGCCGAGCUGACACGUGGAGGUGUGUAAACUCCUUAAAGUAAAAACAGGAUCCAGCUUAAUAUUACAAGUGGAGGCUUGUUGGUUUGUGGCUACAGAACCUGCUCUGUUGAGUGUUUGAGUCUCGGUAGAUAGUUUUGGACUGAUGGGCGCUGCAGAGGUCUUCUGAGUCUGUGUGCAUGUUUGGAAGGGCUCUGUUGGCAUUUGACAGCUCCUCUCUGGACUCACCUCAGUGUCUGGGACGUCAUUGUGUUACCUGUGUGGCUGAGUCAGAGGCUGGCUCAUCGCUCGAUGUCUUGUCUGCCCACUGGGAAUUUCUCCACCUGCCUCUAUGCAAAGAAGUCCUAAGUGUUAGGUGGUUUUCACAGCAGCAGCGACAGCACUGGCACCGCUGGCACCCUGAACUUUCAGGACUCUCCACACUGCUUUAAUUGUUCUGCCGUGUGUAAACACCUUGCGUCAGUCACACCUCUCCACGGAGUGAUUCAGUGUUCCCUCAGGAUCCCUGGUCGGAGGCAGGCAGUGAAAGAAAAAGGUGCGCGAGGAUUUGCCAAGAGCCAAAGCACAUAAGUGGUUACAGUCAGGUUGGUACCAUGAAGCUGGCACUGUUGAUGCUCGUGGCUGUGUACAUGGUGGGCAACGUGAGCGGCAUGUCUACAUGUAAGACGGUGGACCUGGAGAUGGUGAAGAAAAAACGCAUCGAGGCCAUCAGGAGCCAGAUCCUCAGCAAGCUGCGUUUGCCGAAAGAGCCUGACGACGAGGCCGAACACGAGGAGAUCCCGACCGCCGUGCUGUCUCUCUACAACAGCACCAAGGAGAUGCUGAAGGAGCGGGAGACGGAGCUCCACGCGGACAUCUCCACGGAACAGGAGGAGGAGGAAUAUUUCGCCAAGGUGCUGAACAAGUUCAACAUGACCCGACAAGAUGAUAUAGAGGACAUGAAGAAAUCCAAAAACGUCACAAUGUCCUUCAACAUCUCGGAGAUACGACAGAGUGUGGGGGAUUACCGCCUGCUGACCACUGCUGAGCUGCGGAUGCUCGUCAAGAACCCCGGGAUACCUUCCGAGGAGCGGGUGGAGCUGUACCGGGGUGUGGGGAUGUCGGCCCGCUACCUCGCUUCCCGCUUCCUCACUAACCAUUUUAAGGACAAGUGGUUGUCCUUCGAUGUCACUGAGACCCUGCAGAACUGGCUCAAAGGGACCGAGGACGAACAGAGUUUUGAGCUCAGGCUGUUCUGUGGAUGCAACGGGAAAAAAAAUGAUGACAUUAGCUUCAGUUUCUCCAUCUCUGGGAUGGCUGGUGGCAGAGGAGACACCGCAAUGAUGCACAUGAUGACGCAGCAACCACCCUACAUCCUGACCAUGUCCAUCCCUCAGAACAUCAGCAGCCACCUCACCUCGCGCAAAAAACGCUCCACGGACAGCGCUGACUGUUCACUCCAGGAUUCCUGCUGCAAGCGGAGGUUGUACAUUGAUUUCAGGAAAGAUCUGGGCUGGAAGUGGAUACAUAAGCCGACGGGCUACUAUGCCAAUUACUGCAUGGGACCCUGUACCUACAUCUGGAACGCUGAAAACAAAUACUCUCAGAUUUUGGCCCUGUAUAAGCAUCACAACCCCGGAGCCUCUGCCCAGCCCUGCUGUGUUCCUGAGGCACUCGAUCCACUGACGAUCGUCUACUACGUGGGCCGGCAACACAAGGUGGAGCUGCUGUCCAAUAUGAUGGUGACGUCCUGCAAGUGUAGCUAAAAACACAACAUGGCUCACUGCUCUGCCUCCAUUCAGACAUAUACAGAGAUGGAAGAGGUCGUGUUUGAGACCACACAGAGGAACAUUUGACAGAGAUAAAGAGGACGGGGACAAUGUGGACAAGGGGGACAAAAUAUUUAAAGUAAUCAGGAAGUUUAUGGUCAAGCUUUCCUCCCGCAAGCUCCACCAUUAUCACGUUGGAGGCACUACACACCAUGGACUUCUUAUAGAUGUCAUAGAUAAUAUUGUUCAUGUGUAUAUACUUUUUACUUGCAGUACUAAAAAUAUCUGUAUUGAAAUGGAUUAAUUUAUUUGUUGGAUGGACAGAUUUCUGAAGAAGUGAUACACGUGUGUUAAAGAGUCAGUUUGACAUGGAAAAGGAUUAAAAUGAAAUUAUUUUGGACAAAAAGAAAAAGGAAAAAAAAAAGUGUUGGAUAAAAGAUGCCAGAGGA